UGGCGUCCUGGCUCUGGCGGGGGACUAGAUUGCGAUGUGGGUAUUCGAGCGCCUCCUUCCCCUUUGGGCCAGGGAGAGCGGCGCCGACCCCCGGCUCGAUGUGGUCAGUGGCGACGGUCAGUUCUUGGACGCAGCGCCGCGGCUCCUCGCCCAGAAGCAGCUGCUCCACCACGACCAGUUUCAGCUUGACGCGUCUGCGGCCGAGGAGGACGCGCCGCCACCGACAGAGCUGCAAGAGAAGGAACAGAAGAAGCCAGAGAAGAGGAAGAGUGUGACCGAGGCAACCGCUAAACCCAAGAAGAAGAAAAAGAUUGAACAGAAAGAGUGUAUUACCCCUCAGAAGAAAGCCGCUGAGGAUGAACCAUCAACAAAACCCAAAAGAAGGAGGAAGAAGAAGACGAUUACAGAUGUGCUGUCCUCUUCUGAGCCAAAACCGGGCUGUCCGUCGGACCUGCAGAACCUGCUUACGCAGCACUUCUCAGACAAGCUCUCUGUUAUCGAGCAGGAGGAUCUCAAACUGCAAGACUCCAGCUUCCUGUCCAGUAACGACCUGACGCACACCAUCUCCUCCUUUCUCAAACAGGUUUGCCCCAAGUGGUCGAAGAUUCAAAAGCAGCACACGGAGAAGAGGGCCUUGGUUCUGCUCGUCGUCUGUAGCUCCGCCCUCCGAGCCAUCGAGCUCAUCAAGCAGAUGACGGUGUUCAAGGGCGAAGCCAAAGCAGUGAAACUUUUUGCUAAACACAUCAAGAUAGAAGAGCAGAUAAAGCUGCUCCAAAAGGGCGUCACCCACAUAGGAGUAGGGACGCCCGGCAGGAUGAGCGCUCUCGUUGAGAAGGAGGGCUUGAGCCUGCAGGCGUUGAAGUACGUGGUCCUGGACUGGAACUGGAGGGACCAAAAGCUCAGAAGGAUGGUGGACGUUCCUGAGGUCAAGUUGGACUUAAUGAAGCUGCUGCUCGGCGGAAUCCUGCAGCGCUGCAAAGAAGACAAAGUCAAAAUUGGACUCUACUAACCGGCCGUUGUUGACCUGCUGUGUGCUGAUGAUUCCAAAGGCCUUGAUGUUCAAAGCCACGAAUCGAUGUUCCUCACAACAAGCUGAGGGGCCUCAUCCUGUUUGUUCUCCCUUUUGUGUCGGCGUAAAAUGUGUUCUGUACCUUUUUGCUAUUUUCAGAGUCAAAUGUGUGGUGGUGUUUGUGCGCCGUUGUUGUGCAACGCGACGUCCCGCCGUGAUGGAUUGAAUAAACUGACUGAGAGAAA